GCCGGGACGAGGGCCCUGGGGCCGCGGCGCUGAGCACCAGAAUCCCACCAUGUUCCCGGAGGAGCGCAAGGAAGGCAGCCCCCGCUUUGGGAAGCUCCAUUUCCCCGUUGGCCUUUGGAUCAACUCCCCGAAGAAGCGCUUGGCCAAGAUGAGCCGCCGCUGGCCCAGCGCCGGCUCCGUGAGAUCCAACUCCUCGGACACGGCGAGCCGCGGCAGCGAGCCCCCGGAGCUGCGGCCACCCGGGAAAGCCAAAGCCUCGCGCCAUAAGCGCCUUUCCAACCUCUUCCACCGCUCCGGCGCUGCCGGCUCCGGCGCCCGCUGGCUCAGCGAGAAGAAGCUGGAAGAGCUGGUGGAUCCCGAGCCGGAAGCUUUGGGAGCGGCGGGGGGGGAUCCCCCCCCAGGGCAGCGCCAGCUUCCCGGUAUCCUGAAGAUCUUUGGGGGGAACAUCUCGCGCGGAGCCAACUACAAGAGCGUGUUGGCGACGCCGCGCUCCACGGCGCGGGAGCUGGUGUGGGAAGCGCUGGAGCGCUACGGGUUGGCUCCGGAGGACGGGAUCACCGGGGAAUACGUGCUCUGCGACGUGGUGGGGCGGCCGGGGGGGCCCGGCGGCGGGUGGCACAUGGAGCACCUCCGGCCCGUGGGUGAUUCCGAGCGGCCGCUCGUGCUCCAGGACGUCUGGAAGCCCAAGAGCGGCUGCUCCCGGCGCUUCGAGAUCCGCCGGCGCCAGGAUGUGGAGCGCUUCUUCGAGGCCGACGCCGGCGAGGGCAGCGGGGGCUCAUCCCAAGCGCGGCGGCUGCAGAGGAACCGCUCCCGGGCGGCAUCGGGGGGCCCGGCCCCCCCCAAGGACCGUGCCGAGAACCUCUCCCUGCGCCGCAGCAUCAGCGACAUGAACCUCAGCACCCGGCGGCGCAGGGAGCGCAAGGCCGUGCUCAGCGUGGCCGGGGGGGACCCCACCGCCGCCCCCCCCAGCGACGGGACCCCCCCGGCCCCCAGCGCUGACGGGGCUGCUGGGGGCGGGGCCGAGGAGGAGGAGGGGGGCGACGGCGCCAGCUUGGAGCAGCUCUCACAGUGCCUCAUCCAGCCCCCCCAGCAUCACCCCUACUUCCUGCUGCUGCAGGGCUAUGGCAAGCAGGACUUCGUGCUGUACGUGAUGACUCGCCCCCAGCACAUCUUCGGCCGCCGGGGCCCCCCCGAACGGCCCCCCCAGGGCUCCCCAACCAUCGACACCUUCCUGAGCGCCCCGGACAUCCUCCCCCGGCACUGCCUUGUGCGGGCCCCCCCCGGCGCCCCCGCCACCGUGCGCCCGUACCGGGGGGCCCCGGUAACCCAUAACGGGGUGCCCUUGUUCCGCCGGGCCCCGCUGAGCCCCGGGGACCUGCUGGGGCUGGGGCAACACUUCCUCUUGCUCUAUAAGGACCCCAGAGGGGGGGGCCCCGAAGAGCAGCGCCCCCCCUGGCUGCCCGCGCUGCGGUGCGAGGGCUGCAGUACCGGCAGGAGCCGCAGGGAGGCGCUGGAGAGCCCCCGCGCCGAGCUGCGGUACCGGCCGCAGGACGAGGAGCGGCUGCUGCGGGAGAUCGUGCGGGUGCCCGAGGCCGCGGGGGGGGCACCGCAGGGCACGGGGGUGCUGGCCCCCGCCUUCCUGCUGGGGCUCUGCUUGGAGCACGCCUGGAGCGCCUUCCCCCCCCAGCACCUCCCGGCGCUGCUCACCCGCAUCGCGCUGCUGGUCAAGGAGACUGUCUGGGAGAAGAUCAAGGAGAUCGGGGACCGGCAGCCGGAGAACGAUGGGGACACCCCGGUGCAGGGGCUGGAGGCGAUGGGCACCGACCUGCGCCCGCUCACGCUGUGGUUGGCCAAUGCCACCGAGCUGCUGAACCUGGCCCAGGCCCGGGUGCUGGAGCUGGAGAAGGAGCUGGAGCUGGAGGGGCCCUGCCCAGAGCUGACAGGGGACCUGGAGACCUGCGAUGAGGCCAUGGGCAUCCUGGAUGAGGUGAUCAUGUCCACCUUCCAGCAGACAGUGUACUACCUGACCAAGCGGCUGUACGCGACGCUGCCGGCGCUGCUGGAGGCGAACCCGUUCGCGGCGCCGCUGGAGGCGGGCGCGGGCGCGGAGCCGAUGCGCGUCCCCGACGGGGUGAGACCCACGCUCGGGGUGUUCCAGAGCGCGCUGGAGCUGAGCCGCGGGUGCCGCCUCCACCCGGACCUCGUGUCCCAGACCUUCGGGUACCUGUUCUUCUUCUGCAACGCCUCCCUCUUCAACUCCCUCAUGGAGAGAGGUGGCGCCCUGUUUCAGUGGGGCCGCGCCGUGCGGCUCCGCACCACUCUGGACCUGGUGCUGGACUCUGUGGCCGCGCUGGGGCUGGGGGACGUCGCCUCCGAGUUCUUCCAGAAGCUCUCGGCUGCUUCCAACCUGCUCUGCACCCCCAGAGCCUGCCUGUGCAAGAUGACGUGGUCCCGGCUCCGGGCCGAGUUCCCGGCGCUGAGCCCGGCCCAGCUCCAUCACAUCCUGAGCCAUUACCAGCUGGGGGGGGGGCAGGCCCCACCCCCUGCCUGGAGCCCCCCCCCCGAGGAGCGCGACCAGGUCACAGCAGGUGACAUCUUCGAGAGCUUCUCUGAGCACCCCCCGUUGCUGCUGCCCAGUCGGGGCUUCCUGCUGCACCCGGGGGGUGGCCCUGAGGACAACGGGGGGGUCCCUGAUGAUAAAGGGGGGCUCCCUGACGAUAAGGGGGGGGUCCCCGAUGAUGGGGGGGGGGCUGCUGCAGCCCCUCUGCCGCAUGCGCCGCCUGCUCUGGGACCUGGAGCAGGACGAGGUGCCCGUCAACCAGCGGGGCCUGCCCCGGGAAGGGGCUGCAUAGGGGCAGUGGCACCCCCGGCACCCCCCCAGCACCCCACAGCAUCACCAGGACCCUAUGGACCCAUGGGACCCCCCCAUAGAGACCCCUGGGACCAACCCCAUAGAGACCCAGGGGGACCCAAACAACAGUGAGACCCCCCCAGGCACCCUGGGACCCCCAAAGGCACCCAGAGGCACCCAAAGGACAGUGGGACCCCCUCGAGACCCCCCCCAGGCACCCUGGGACCCCCAAAGGGAUCCCCCUAAAGGGACCCAGAAGCACCCAAAGGACAGUGGGACCCCCCCAGCCCCUCCCGGGAUUACCCCCCCGUGCCAUGUGUCAUGUAUGUGCGUGCCCAUUAAAGCGCCUGACAUGCCUGGCACAUGCGUGUG